ACAGAGCUGGUCUGUCAGAAGAUGGGCAGAAGUCAACAGCGACAGAAGGUCAUUAAGUAUAUUCGUCAGGAUAGGCCCUCAUCGACUCGAGUCUUAUGUCAAAAAACAUCGUGUUGACUUGAGUGAUGUCCUGCUCGAAGGAGGGGGCAAUUUACUACACUUAAGCUGUGCUGUGGCCUCCGGUGCUUUGUUAAGUUAUCUGCUGAAGGAAAACAUUGAUCCUCUCCACAAAGAUGGAUUUGGGAACAUCCCCCUUCAUGUGCUAAUCCACAGAGCACUGGGUGACCUCAACAAGGGGGGCAACUCUUACUCUGCAGUAUACACAGAGAUGAUCCUACCCUACAGUGCGUCUUGUCCAGCAGCCCUGCAGAAGAAGACGCGGGCAGGUAAAACUGCUCAGACUCUCUUGGAUGGAUUUCUCUGUCAGUGGGAACAGGUCAAAGACAGACAGAGUUUUGCUGGCCCCUCCCAUGAUGACGAUGAUGAGUGGGAAGAGAAACUUAGAGAUGAAUGUGAUAACGAGUACAAUAUGAAUGGAGGAAUUUAUGAGCAAGAUUACACCUAUACCUCCUCCCAUACAUCAGAGUCGUAUGACGACUGGGCAGAACGGCUGACCAGAGAGCACAGGAGAAAGCGUCAUACAGCUUACACUCACACCCAGAGACCAGCACCACCGCUCCACAAAAAGUCUCGCCCCGCCGCAGAGGAUUUCACAGCCAAACAGCAGAAGUACCAAGAAGAACUGAACAGAGAGCGAGAAAAGUUGAAGAGGAAAUACAGAGGUGAUGAAGCCAGGGUAGAAGAAGGACGAAGACUGCUUAGGCAGAAACGAUCAAAAUAUGAAGAACAUUUCAAUGAGUUAACUCAGGAAGAGAACUCUUCUGCCAAGGAGUUAGGAUAUGAGGACAUUCCAUGGCCUCAUGAAGGCUCAGUUUCCAUGGUGAUGGAUGUGCUGUUUGUGGACAGUAAGAAAAAUGAUAAAACCAGCUUCAGGAAAUAUUUGCGUGAUCAGAUAUUAAGAUGGCAUCCGGAUAAAUUCGAGCAGAAAUUUGGACGAUGUCUGAAGCCUGACGAUAAAGACAAAAUUUUGAGCAGGGUGAAGGAAAUCUCACAGGCUUUGAAUAGCAUGGCCUCCUCAGGAACAUCCAAAUACUGACUCAUCUGAAUUAAAUCAGGCGCUCUCAUUGGGUCGGCCGUCAGUGGUCGUGUUUUCUUCACCUAUAUUUUAUGUAUUUGAUGGGUGUCUUAAAUUACAGGUAAAUUUUCUGAUGUGUGACAAACAGAUUUGAAGGCCAUAUUGAUGAAAGUUUUCAUGAAACAAAAAGAUUGUGCAAACAGCAAUAUCCUUCCAGGUGCUUCUGAGCUCUUAUUGUCAAAUUGGCCCAACAGACCGUGGGACUGAUGGAUCCUUAACCGAUAAAGCUGAUUUAUUUAUUUAUUUGAUUGGUGUUUUAUGCUACACUCAAGAGUAUUUCACUUAUACAAAGGCAGCCAGCAUUAUGGUGAGAGGAAACCGAGCACAGUGCAGGGGAAACCCACAACUAUACGCAGGUUGCCGACAGACUGUCCCAUGUAUAACCAGACAGGAAGCCAGUGUGAGCUGGUGACCUGAUAAAUAAUCUGGGGAGUGAUUAUAUCAAAUAAAUAAAUGAAUACAAUAAUCAUUUCAGUUGCUUAUCAACAACAUUCAGCAAAACCAGGGAGUGUGUGCAAUUUAUUCAAUUCUUGAAUGACUUCCCUACCUGGAAAACCUCCCACAAACGCAUGUUUUUAUGGAUUGAGAGAGAAAAUAAAAGCUUUGAGAGAAUAUUGUAAGCUCCUGCUAUUAUAUUCCUUGGCCAGU